UUUCAGAUUAUGCCGGCUUUGCAAUGGUUUUUAUUCAUUUCCAGUUUAAUUUCAAUUUUAAUUUACACUAUGAUCGUUUUCACUUUAAAACGUCAUCGAUCAAAUGCUCUACUUGGCGGUUCCUUUUUUAGAAUUGUGGAAAUGCAGUAUUAUGCGGAACUAUUUUUCUUCGUCGAAUUUUCAAUCACCAUGCGCUUCAGAAAAUAUAGCUCGCUUUAUGCAUUUUUCGAGCCAGACACGGAAUUUCACGGUAUCAUUCCGCGUAUUGUGUCUGGAUUUCAUUAUUAUAUUAAGAUUGUGGUAUACAUUGGGUAUCUAACGUUUGCUCUGAAUCGACUCACUUCCGCACUCAAUAUAUCAUCAUAUAACAGUAUUUGGACUCCAAAGCUUUUACAGCGAGUCAGAAUAGUGAAAUGGGCACUGCCUUUAAUAGGAAUUCUACCAACUCAUGCUUGGCCGGGUUUUACUUAUUGGUUUAUGAUAACUUCUUCAUCUAUACGAUUAACAAAUGAUUCCUUAUCCACAGCGCUUGUUGCAUACGUUGACGGAAUUUGUUGUCUUGGAACGUGUGUUUUCUGCAUGAUUUGCUAUACUGCAACGUGUUUCUUGAUACGGAAAAAUUGGAAACGUGUGAAAACUGACACGGUAUUCCGAAAAAACAAUGCACAAUCUGCUGCAGAAAGAAGUCUACUUGUUUCCGCCAUUUUAUCAUUUAUCGUGUUAAUAUUGAACACUGCUGUACAAGUUGUUACCAUUUUAAUAUCCUGGGGUGGUGCGACAACAUUACUUUUUGUUCAAGACCUCUCAUAUCCUAUGAUUGAUCUUAUGUAUUCCCAUUUUCCAUGGGCGUUAUUAGUCACGUCGGGAGUUCUGAGGAAGCAAAUGAUUUACGAUACAAAAAUUUUCCUACGAACGGCUUUCAAGCUUGACGAUGCAUCGGUGAACACAAUACGGGUUGGGCAUACUGUAUCUCCCGCCACACAGAAAACAACAAAUAGGACGCUGGCUUAAUUGGUUUACGUGUAGUUUUAGGCACUUUUGAAACAGCAUUGUCACUGUUAACUAUUGUUUGGAAUGUUGUUAUAAAAAAUUUGAAUGUG